CAAAAAUGAAAACAAAAUGAAACUAAAUUUGAGUGGUAGCAAUUCUAGACGUCCAUCUUCUAUCUCUAAUUUCCUCUUCGUCUUCAAUUACAUGAUCAUACACUCGAAGGGCAUACGACUAAUAUUUCUCGCCAGCAAUCAUAUCCGAUCAAGUGGAGGGACUGAUGUAGUAGCACAAUGUGGUGAUAAGAAAAGCUUGACAGAAAACGAGCGGCAUGAAAUGGGGAUAACCCCCGCCUCGGUGCUCCAUCUGAGGCAUCUUCUCUCUUCGAUUUCAGCCGCUGCAUCCUGGCCUCGUAAUGACCUCUGGAGGGUUUAGCAUCUCAAAGGUCAUACAUGGUCGAUUGCUGGAGAGAUUGUUGGCAAUUUGAGCUGAGCGUGUUUCGUCUGGGGGGGAGGAUUUCCUACCCUUCUUUUCUUCCCGGUCGGAAACAAAUAUGUGAUACGGAGUAUUUUGUUAUGUGUGGAUGUAGUUUGGUAAGAUGUAUUCAAUAAAUAUUACAUGGGAAACACUUUGUGAUAUU